AUGCAUGGUGCACUGGUAUGGGUCUCCUUUGUGAAGUCCGAGCGAUUCUGCGAUGCUUGUUUCGAUGAGGUUGCACUGCGCUCCAGAGUCGAGGAAAAUCAGGAUGUGCUCGAAGAUGCCAGUGUUGUUGUUUUGGAUUUGGCCUUCUGCAGUAAUGAAGACCAGUUAAUUCUUGGAGCUCAGCGCCUUCAUUCGAUGUGA